UAUAUCUCCUCAGGCAGAUAUCUCCAGAUGCACACAAAUUGCACUCCAGAACUCUCCAGGGACUUAAUCGGUAUAGCAGGGAAGUCUACAGUUGAAGGAAUAUUUGUGAACACACAGUGGAGAGGUGAAUAUUGUCAGAAGUGCAGUGGCAAUGGAGGAAGAUGAAGUGCAAAAAGAGGAGAUGGAGGAGUCAGACAAUGAAGUUGUCCAGAAGCAGCAAAGACAAGGGUGGAAGCCAUGUUUCUUCUUUAAGGCAGAUAAAGAGAUGUAUAAUUAUGUCGGGCAGGACAUUGUCAUCCAGGAAGCUUUUGACUCUUACGCAGGAAUGAUAUGGCCUGCGGCAUUGGCUCUCAGUCAAUACUUGGACUCCCAUCAAGACCAGCUGAAUCUCACUGACAAAGCGGUCCUGGAGAUUGGCGCAGGGACCGGCCUAUUGUCCAUUGUUGCCUCGCUACUCGGGGCCUGGGUGACUGCUACUGACCUUCCAGAUGUUCUGAGCAACCUGAGAUACAACCUGAGCAAGAACACUAGGGGACGUUGCAGACACACGCCCCAGGUGGCCCCUCUGUCAUGGGGGUACGACCUGCAGCGCACCUACCCCACAUCGGUCUAUCGCUAUGACUACAUCCUGGCAGCUGAUGUUGUCUAUCACCAUGACUUUCUAGAUGAGCUGAUGGCCACGAUGAAACACUUUUGCAAGCCGGGAACCACCUUGAUCUUGGCUAACAAGCUAAGAGUGGAGUCGGAUCACACGUUUAUGAAGAAAUUUAAGAGGAUCUUUAACACAAGACUUUUGGAAGAAGAUGAAUCAUUGAUUAUUUUAAUGGCCACAUGCAGGGAAAGUGAAGAGAGAGAGGAAGUCCAGUAUCUUGAGGGAGGAGUGGAAACAUCG